AUGAAAUCAAAAGAAUCUAUCGAAAUACCUGAAAUUGACAUCUUGGAUGAAGUAGAUGUGAAUACUAAUACGUUGCAAGUUGAUGAAUAUUCUAACGAGCCUUCAUGUGAACAUGAUUGUGUUGAACCCGGUACUACACGAUCAUCAAUAACUAUAUAUGAUAAUAAAUGUGAUAAAUCUACAUCAAUGGUAUCAUCGGAAUCGUCUUCUUCAGCAGAUGAAGAUCAAGAAUCGUCCAUUUCUAAUCUAUCACUAUCAUCAAAUAAAAAUUUUUCCUGA